AAAAUCUUUCGAUAUUUUUAUUGAUUUUAGUACUUCUUGGUGAGUUUUCUCGUAGUAUUAUCGGGGGCGGUGACGUCAUACUUGUUAUCUGUACUGAUUACCGGUAAUUCAUAGUAAUAUUGCUCAGAGCUGUUCUUCAGAACGCCAAUGAUGCCUAAAUUAUACCUUCGAUAUAUUUUUUCGCUGUUUAUUCACAGCGUUAUCAAUUCGGAAUCGUGAUAAGCUUCGCCAUGCCGUCGGUAAUCUUAUCAUUGAAUGAUAGUUGUUAUAAGUGUCAGUGAGUUAGUGUUUCACGGUCCGAUGCUACUGGUACCUGUCUAGUUGACUACAUCUGGUGCUAUCAGAGAACAUUUACUAUGAAGAACUGGCCUCUGCACAUAGUUUUAGUGGCGACCUUCGCGGUCGGCUACAUAUCAGCACAGAAUGAAGACGAGUUACACAUACCCAUGGAACCUGAUAAUCAAUUCCCACCAGAUCAUUCAGAAGCAGACGGUCUAAUAGAGGGCAGUGGGGAUGGAGUGAUGGAUGCACCAGAAGAAAAUGCCACUACUGAAGCUAAUAAACUUAGCGGUGUGCAAGUGUCGACACUGCUACAUGAUGAUGAAUCAGAAACACAGUCAAAUUCCUCUGAUCUACCAUGUCCGAAACCUUGCGUGUGUCACACUGAAGGGGACGCUGAAGACUUUGUAGUUGAUUGUUCAGGAUAUGGACUAACGGAAUUUCCCUCACCCAUAGAUCCCAGAACGACCACUUUAAAAUUACACAACAACAAAUUCACCGAAAUACCAAAAGCAGUUUCCGAGCUUCAAAAGUUGAAAAUUUUAAAUGCCAACAACAAUUCUAUUAUGGAAUUAGGACUUGGGUCAGUCAGUGAACUACCUGAGUUAGAGAUUCUAAAGCUGGCCAACAAUCGAUUAAUUGAAUAUCCAAAGGAUUUAAAGAAUAGUUUCUCCUUAAAUAAAUUAAAGGAACUGGACAUCGGUGGCAAUGACAUCCGAACGGUCCUUUCUCCAGAAUUAUUUUCAAGUUUUAAAAAGUUAAACAAAAUAACACUACCGGAGAGUGGUUCUGGUAUUGCUUUAGACCUGUGUACUUCUUUACUGGGGAGCUUAGAAACUGUGUGCACAGAAUCAUGUGCAUCAAAAACAUUCGAUUGUCCUAAUGCUCCUCCAAAUAUAGAAGAGGACCUGCUGGAUGCGACAUUGCCAGGCAUGAUUCCAUUGCUGUCCGACCACGACGAUAGCAACAGUGACCCUGGUGUGGAGUCUGAUAAUACUAAGCAUGAGCAAUCUUCUAAUGUCCCACCAUUGCAAGCUGCGAGCGAUGACGACCAACCAAAUGUACAAACUACAGUAGCAACUCCAGUUACACCACCAGCAUCAAAAGAGGAAACUACAGCGAGCAGUGGAAACCUACCAGUAAAUGAAUUCUCCCUUCGAAAGGCUGUUGAUAAUGCUUCAGAAGAUAAUAUAAAAGCAAAUGCGGAAAUUGAAAAACUUAACGAAUCUACUACAGCUCAGCCGGUGGUUAAGGUUGGAGCCGCCAUUGACGGUAAAAAAUCUGGAGGAGUUGAUAAAAGUGUUAUAGGUAUCAUAGUCGCUGGUAUGAUUGUGAUUGUCGCUGUUGUUUCAAUUAAGAAAAACUGGAGCUCCAUUAAGAAAAGGUUCAGUUCGACGCCGAGACCUAAUGAGAGGUCUGAUGGGAAUGCAAAUGGCACAACACCUGAAGAAGUCCCAUUACAAGACAAAUCACCUGUUUAAUGUGUCACGAUAUAAAGUGAUUAUAAUUGAAUGAAUAAAUUUUAUACAAAAUAAAUGGAUUCGAUCUGACGAGUAAAGCUUUGAGCAUAAAUUGCAUAGCGUUUGGUAUUAACGAUGAGUUAAAAAUUAUCUUUACGUAUUUUUAAUUACGAGUCGGUCUUAAAGCAUGUAUGUUGUAUGUGAUUUAUAUUUUAAGAUGUUCAAGUAGUAUAAGUUUUUCUUAGAUAGUUCAAAUGUAAAUAUACCGUGUGGAUAAAUGAUAAUUAUCGCUUUUCGUUUUGUACUAAAUUAUGUUAAAAAUUUCACAAUAAAAACAUGUUUGCAUAA